AUUUGUAAUGGCAGCGUCCAUGAAGUUAAUUUGACGGCAUUGUAAAAGCUCAUAUAUGUUAGAAAAUGAUCGCAUUUGUUCGUGUUAUGCUUCAAAGAAGCUUUCAUUCAAAACUUUUAAGGAAUAUUAUAAAAUGUAACUCACUGAAAUUGUCAUCUUAUAAAAUUAGUUGUAAAUUAAUUGAAGAGUUGAAUAAACGUGAAAUGAUUCAAGAAAUCCAUCCUGACGAUUGUUCCGAACUUGUUCAACUUUUGAAUUCUAAUCAAACAGUAUAUGCAGGAUUUGAUCCAACAGCAGAUAGUCUUCAUGUUGGCAAUCUUCUUGUGAUUAUUGCAUUGUUACAUUGGCAACAAGCAGGCCAUAAUGUUAUUGCUAUUGUUGGAGAUUCUACUGCACAAAUUGGAGAUCCAAGUGGAAAAACAAAGGAAAGAGAAGUACUUAAAGAAGAUUUAAUUAAAUCAAAUAGUGAAAGCAUAAAACAAAGUCUAGAAAGAAUAUUUGAUAAUUUUAAAAAAUAUUUUUGCAAAAAAAAUAUUGCACCUGCUAGGAUUAUUUACAAUAGUUCUUGGUAUAAAAAUGAAGAUAUAACUAACUUUUUGAGUAGAGUUGGUCGAAAAUUGAGAGUAGGACAAAUGCUUUCUAGAAAAAGCAUAAAAUCAAGACUUGAAAGCAGUGAAGGAAUGAAUUUUGCUGAAUUUACAUACCAGGUUUUUCAAUCUUAUGAUUGGCUCUACCUCUUUGAUAAAUAUAAUUGUAGAAUUCAGAUUGGUGGAAGUGAUCAACUUGCAAAUAUAGAUUUAGGACACGAUUUAUUAAAACGUACACGAAAUGUUAAUUCUUAUGGCUUAACUGUUCCAUUGAUCACUGCUGAAUCGGGUGGAAAAUUUGGUAAAUCAGAAGGGAAUGCUGUAUGGCUCAAUGAAGAUAAAACAAGUGCUUUUGACUUCUAUCAAUUUUUUAUGCGUCUACCGGAUACUUCUAUUCAGAGAUAUUUAAAGUUAUUUACAUUUUAUUCUUUAUCUGAAGUUGAAUCAAUUAUGCAGAAACAUAUGGAAAAGCCAGAAAAUUGGUAUGCACAGAAAAGGCUUGCUGAAAAUGUUACCAGAUUAAUACAUGGAGAGACAGGCUUGAGAUUAGCAAAACUAGCAACUGAUGUUUUAUAUAACAAUUCAUUCAAAUCUUUAAAUGAAUUAAAUGAAUCUGAGAUGAAGCAAAUUUUUAAACAAGUACCAUCAAUUGAACUUUUAUUAGAACCGGGAAUCACAUUAAUUGAUUUAGCAAUGAAAGCAAAAUGUUUUGGAUCAUUGAAGGAUGCAAACAGAAUAAUUAGUGCUGGUGGAAUGUAUGUAAACAACCAAAAAGUAACCACACCUAAUUAUGUAAUUGUGGAUGGACAACAUAUUCUUAAUAGUGGAUUAACUUUGUUGAGGACAGGUAAACGAAACUAUUACAUAGUUAAAUGGUUGUAAAGGUACAGAUGAAAAUAAAUACAGAUAAUUUAUUUUAUAUUUUGUACAAAUAAAUUUUUUA